AUGCCGUCCUCAUCAUUCUUUCUGGGUGUCGGCGCUGUCCUGUCCGCUCUUUCAGCUACCACUGUAGCUACCAAAUAUGACCUUGAGGACAGUUAUCAGGGAUCUAAUUUCCUCGAUGGCUUCAACUUUUUCAAUGAAAAGGAUCCGACUAAUGGCUUCGUGAAAUAUCUUGACCGAGAUUCUGCCCGCAACACACAACUCACAAGGAUCGUCGGCGCUGAUAACUACCUUGGUGUUGACUUCACAACGCCACUGAACUACCGCGGUCCAAACGGACGCAACAGUGUGCGUAUUGAGACGAAGAAGAACUACAGCAAGGGUUUGUUUGUUGUUGAUAUUAAGCACAUGCCCGGUGGCAUCUGUGGUACCUGGCCAGCAUUCUGGUCCUUGGGAUCUGGUGAAUGGCCCAAGAACGGAGAGAUUGAUAUCAUCGAGGGCGUCAACAACAACAACGUCAACAAGAUGGUGUUGCACACUGACACCAACUGCAAGACCAAUGGACAGGGCCAAACUGGUGUACAGCAACUGUACGACUGUGCUCUUGACACCAACGGACCGUCCGGCUGUGACGUCAAUGAUGUUCAGACAAACACCUAUGGAACCGGAUUCAACGCGAACGGAGGUGGUGUCUACGCCAUGGAAUGGACCGGCGAGUUCAUCAAGAUGUGGUUCUUCCCCCGUAGCCGCAUCCCUGCCAGCAUCACUGCGGAGAAGCCGGACACUGCUGAAUUCGGCACCCCCAACGCCAAUUUCCAGGGUGCUUGCGAUAUCGAGAAGAAGUUCCAGGAGCACCGCUUCAUCUUCGACACAACCUUCUGCGGUGACUGGGCCGGCAACGUCUAUGGCGAUUCUGGUUGCCCAAGAUACUCAGGUCUCAGCUCAAUGGACUCGUGCAUGAAGUUCGUUGCUGAAAACCCUGCUGCUUUCCGACAAGCAUACUGGUUGAUCAGCUCUUUCAAGACCUAUAAGACACCUGUGAUCGCGUCGAGCUCCUCUUCCGUCAUCAGCAGCUCAACUGUGGUUUCAAGCUCCUCCUCUUCUUCGGUUGUAGUCUCGAGCACAUCUGCCUCGUCCUCAAGCAGCUCGACCCCAGUCUCUAGCUCCUCCUCUUCGGUUGUCAGCAGCUCUAGCUCCUCGUCGUCUUCCGUUAUAGUCUCGACAACGUCAUCUUCUUCGUCGUCAGUCAUCACCUCGUCUUCUUCGUCUUCGGUCGUCAGCUCGUCGGCUUCGUCUUCGGUCAUCAGCUCGUCGGCUUCGUCUUCGGUCAUCAGCUCGUCGGCUUCGUCUUCGGUCAUCAGCUCGUCGGCUUCGUCUUCGGUCAUCAGCUCGUCGUCUUCGUCUUCGGUCGUCAGCUCCUCGUCUUCUUCCGACUCAAGCAGCUCUAUCUACCCUACCUCGACCGUCGUCACCGAUACGAGCAGCUCUGUGUAUCCUACCUCUACCAUCGUGACCGACACGAGCAGCUCUGUCUACCCUACCUCCAGCGUUGUGACCGAUAUUAGCAGCUCUGUCUACCCAACUUCCAGCGUCGUGACCGACACAAGCAGUUCCGUUUACCCAACUUUGUCAUCUUCUUCCAGCAACGCAUACCCAACUGGAAGCUCCAGCUCAUCCAGCUACGGCUAUGACAUUUCCACAUCGACUGAUAUCUACGGAUCCUAUCCUUCUUCCAGCUUGAGCUAUGGAUCUUAUCCAUCCUCUUCUAGCGUCCACCCCGAGGAUUAUCCUUCAUCUAGCUCGAGCUAUGGAGUUUACCCUUCGUCAUCAUCCAGCGUGCACUACGGAGGUUACCCUGUGUCGUCGUCUAGCGUGCACUACGGAGAGUACCCUUCAUCGUCCAGCGUACACUACGGAGAGUACCCCUCUUCCAGCGUACAUUACGGACAGUACCCUUCAUCGUCCAGCACCGGAUACGGAGUUUACCCUGCGUCUUCAUCCAGCGUGAAGUACGGUGCCUACCCUGUCUCGUCGAAGCCUCAACAGGGCACCUACCCAUCGUCCAGCGUGCACUACCCAGGAUACCCCGUCUCUUCCAAGCCGGUGGCAGACCACGAUGCCUACCCCACCCCGAAGCCUGCGUACCCGCAAUCCUCGAAGCCAGCCUCGUACGUCACCACGACCUACACGACCGAGUACGUCGAUGUCUGCCCAACCGGCUACACGACCAUUAAGACCACCCACACCGUGACCUACGAGUCCUACCCCACCACCUCCGUCCCACGCAAGCCAAGCAAGGAGACCACCGAGCCCUGCCCCCCAGGCUUCACCGUGACUGAGAAGUACUGCGGCUACGGCUGCGGCGACAAGCCCACGACCGUGAAGGUCACCGUCCCAGUGACCCAGACUCGCACCGUGUACGAGGAGGUCUCGACCUCCGUCAUCGCAUACGGCACGCCCAAGGUCUACCCUCCCGGCUACAACAACCACGAGCAGAAGCCCUCCACCUCCACCAUCAUCGCCACCAAGAUCCUCACCAUCUCGUACGUCACGGUCCCCGCGUCCGAGAAGCACGCCUCCUACCCAUCUUCCGCCGCUCCUCAGCCCGUCUACCCUUAUCACUCCGUGCCUGAGGCCGAGAAGCCCGUCUCCAGCGGAGUCAAGCCCGUGUACAGCAAGCCUGUCCACACUCCCGAGGUCGUGGUCCCCGUUGUGCACACCCCUACCCCUGGAAACUACUACGGCGCCAAUGUUACCAUCUCGUAUGGUACUGGCACUGGAAAGCCGGUGGCAACCAAGACGGGAUACUUGACUCCCGAGUUCACGGGUGCGGCGUCGAGCCUCAAGGCUAGCGGUGUCGCUGUCGGUGCUCUGGCUGUCAUGUUUGCGAUGUUGAUGUAA